AUGAGACUGGUCGUCGGGCUCGGCAAUCCGGGCCGCAAAUACGUUGGAACGCGACACAAUAUUGGAUGGGACGUGCUGGCCGAGGUGGCCCGGCGUUCUGGCACUACGAAGCCCAAAGAACGGUUUCGUGGGGAAGUGGUCGAGGCCAGCCUGGGCGGUUCACCCGCAUUGUUGCUGUGCCCGCACACAUAUAUGAAUCGCAGUGGUGCCAGUGUUUUGGCCGCCUGCGAUUUCUAUAAACUGAAUUCAGAGGAUGUGUUGGUCGUUUGCGACGACUUCAACCUGCCGCUCACGCGUUUACGCGUGCGGGGAGGAGGUUCGGCUGGCGGCCAAAACGGAUUGGCAGACGUCAUUCGCUGUCUGGGGACAGACCGAGUGGCUCGACUGCGAUUCGGAAUUGGUUCACCACCAGCCGAAUGGGACGCAGCCGACUUUGUACUGAGCAAAUUCAACAAGACAGAACUGCCGGACGUUGAACUCGCCAUCGGGAGUGAGAUCUUGGCAGUCAACGUCUACGAAGGCUUGUUUAUCUUCGAUUCCAAUCGAUACGGACGCGACCCGAGCGGUGUCUCCGGUCAGCUCGAGAGCACCAUUACCGAUGCCGGUGGCGAAAUUCUGGCCUCGCGUCUGUGGGAAGAACGACGUCUGGCCUACCCGAUCAAGCGACAACGCAAGGGCACCUACUGGCUGGCCUACUUCCGCCUGGACAGCGAGGAAGUGAAGAACAUCAAUCGCCAGUUCGAGCUUUCCGACAACAUCCUCCGUUCGUUGGUGCUUAAGGUCGAUCCGCGAAUUGUCGAGACGCUGGUCUCCCACGCCACGGCCCGCCCCGAAGGCGAACGCCCCUCGGCCAAGCCCCAGCGGAACGAUGACGACGACGAUGAUGACGACAGCUCGAACGAGACGGCUGACAGCGAAGAGAGCACCGUUACUUCGUAG